CUUCUCGAAUAGCCCCCCAAACCAAACAUCUCUCUCUCUCUCUCUCUCUCUCUCUGCUCAAUUCGAAACCCUAGCCCUAGUUAUAACUCCGAAUGCGUCAGAGAUUUGUAUAGACUUUCGAAUUCUAAUGAGAGGAUUGUUUUGAUCUUUCAUUGCUGGGCUCGGAAGAUUCAAUUGACAAUGGAGGUCUUGAAGGAGAACCAAUUGGAACUGGCCGUUUGCGGUUCCACGCCGUCGUUUCAGGGCUUGUUGGACUCGCAGCAAGAGCUUUUCCAUAGCCAGAUCGAUCAGCUCCAGAACAUCGUUUUCAUCCAAUGUAAACUCACCGGUGUCAAUCCUCUCUCUCAAGAAAUGGCAGCUGGGGCUUUGUCAAUUAAAAUUGGUAAAAGACCUAGAGAUUUGUUAAAUCCCAAGGCUGUGAAGUAUAUGCAGGCAGUUUUCUCCAUUAAAGAUGCAAUCACCAAGAAGGAAUCUCGUGAAAUCAGUGCUCUUUUUGGUGUUACAGUUACACAGGUUCGCGAUUUUUUUACCAGUCAACGUUCAAGAGUGAGGAAAUUUGUUCGGUUGUCAACGGAGAAGGCACUUCGAUCUAAUGCAUCUAAAGAGGUGCAAGAUGGGGUUCCAAUGACCACUGAUCCUGCAAUGCCAGUUUAUCCAGUUCCCUUAAACUCUGUGGGGCCUCCCAGCAGUGAAGAAGGACCUUCUUGCUCUACACAAGAUGAAACUCUACCUGUCUUAGAUGACCCGGACAGAAAUUUUGUGGAUAAUAUUUUAAGUUUGAUGCGGAAGGAAGAAAUGUUUUCUGGGCAGGUGAAACUGAUGGAGUGGAUAUUGCAGAUUCAGAAUUCUUCAGUACUACAUUGGUUUUUAACUAAAGGUGGUGUGAUGAUUUUAGCGACAUGGUUAAGUCAAGCAGCCAGUGAAGAACAAACAAGUGUUCUUCAUGUCAUUCUUGAGGUUCUCUGUCACCUCCCGCUGCACAAAGCUCUCCCUGUACAUAUGUCAGCCAUACUUCAAAGCGUUAACAGAUUGCGUUUUUAUAGGGCAUCAGACAUUUCAAUCAGGGCAAGGAACCUGUUAUCUAGAUGGAGCAAAAUAUUUGCAAGAAGUCAGGCUAUGAAGAAAUCCAAUGCUGUAAAAUCUUCAACCGACGCACAGAAUGAGAUGCUGUUGAAGCAGAGCAUAAGUGACAUUAUGGAUGAUGAAUCAUGGGAGUCAAAAAUUGAUGCAUCUGAAGACACUCUGGCUCCCUCUCUUGAAGGUUCAGAAAACUUCAGGAAAUUGGAAUCUCCUCAGCUACUGAAACUACUCCCAGCAUCCGCAGAUGAUUCUAGUAAGAAGCUUAUCCGAGGUGUAUCUUCAUCCCAAACAAGGGAGCGGAGAAAAGUUCUUAUGGUGGAACAGCCAGGCCAAAAACAGCCCGGCAGAAGUUUUCAGGUUGCAAGAUCAGUACCUGCAACUCAAGGCCGCCCAUUAUCGGCCGAUGAUAUCCAAAAAGCAAAGUUGCGUGCUCAAUUCAUGCAAAGCAAAUAUGGAAAAUCCGGUGUAUCUUCUGGUGAAGGGCACCAAGUGAAGACUGAAGGUCCUUCCAAAUUUCCCUCUUCCCAGGCAAGAACUUUGCUUUCAGCUUCCAAAGCUCGUGUUCAGCCUCGGGUUGAGGAAUGUAAGGACCCUGUGAUGCUUCUGUCAAAGGUCUCUAUUCAGCAAGAAGCUCCUCUUGGUAAUAAGGUUAAUUCGGAUCUGAAUGAACCUUUGUCGAAGAAGUUCAAGAGGGUCCAGGUCCAGAUCCCAUGGCAGACACCGGCAGAUUUUAGCUUUUCUACCCUUUUCUUCCUUAAUGCAGAAAUGAGGAUCCAUGAUGAUUGGAGAGUUGGCAUGGGCGAGAAUAGCAAAGAGGUUGAAGUACAGAGAAACAGAAUCCGAAGGGAAAAAGAAACUAUUUACAGGACAUCUCUGGAGAUACCACACAAUCCUAAGGAACCGUGGGACUCUGAGAUGGAGUAUGAUGACACUCUAACCCCGGAAAUCCCAACUGAGCAACUACCUGAUCCUGAUGGUGCAGAAACAGUGGUUUCUCCCCAGGAAAAUGAAAUCAGUACAGUUGUUGCUGAGGUGCCUGAAUCGUCGACUUCUCAGAUCAGUAAUGGGAGUGUGCCUGAACCAGACCUUGAGUUGCUUGCUGUGUUGCUAAAAAACCCGGAAUUGGUUUUUGCAUUGACGUCAGGCCAAGGUGGUAGCUUGUCGAGUGAGCAAACUGUGAAGCUGCUGGAUAUGAUAAAGUCCAAUGGGGUUGCCUCACUGGCUAAUUUAACUACUGGGUUAGGCAGAAAUGCUCCUGAGGAGAAUGUUCAAGUUUCUCUUCCUUCCCCAACUCCUUCCAGCGAUCCUGUAACGAGCGGUUGGAGUAAAAAUCCAUUUUCACGGCAAAGCAUAACGGCUAACAGAGAACCUGUUGCAGUUUCAAUCCCUUCACAAGAAAAGUUUCCUGCUAGCAAUUUGGUUCGGCAUGAACUAUCACCACCCAUCAAAAACAUCAUGGCCCAACAACCACCACCACCACCAAGCUUCCCACCACUCUCCCACCAAGCACUACCUCAAUACCCCUUGCCCCACAACAAUAACCGAUUGACGCCACCUGUAAUUCCUCCGGUACACCAGAUUGCCACCAGCAGUUCAGAAACAGUCCGAAACUUGAAAAAUAUUCCCCCCAGUAGCUCAUCUUUACCGUCGUCAAUGCGGGUUGAAACAUCUACCUAUGUUAAGACGGCACCAGUCUCAGAUAUGGUAAAUAGAAAUCCUGUUUCACAUCCCUCCACAUCCAUGCUGCCACCACGAGCACAGCCACAGAGACAGCGAGAGCCACGGCCGGCUUUUGUACCCGAGCCUAUGGUUUCGACAAUGCAUUCUUGGAGGGAGAUAAACCCGGGUUUGGCUUCAAAUCCUCAUCCACUACCUAAUCAAAACAAUUAUAAUUCAUUCGUGAGAGGAGCAGGACCAAUGCAUCAUGGUCCUCCGAGGGAUAGAGAUGAAUAUAUGGGGGAGGAGGAUGUGGGGUUUGAAUCGUGGAGCCCAGAGAGAAGUCCAUUCAGAUCCAAUGAGUACAUGUCUGGACUGACCUAUCGGGAACCGAGAAUGAACAUGGGCCAUAACCAUAGAUCUAGGCCCGGUCCUGGCCCUGGACCAGGGCCGGACCGGUCAAGACCAUGGAAUUCUUCUUCUGAGUACCGGGAUUACAACAGGCAGGGAAACAGAAGGCCGUGGCGUGAUGGGAGGAGAUGAGAGAUUGAUAUCAGCCUGAUAUAUAGAGAGUGCAUUUUGCUAAUUAAGUAUAUCGGUGGGUUUCAAAAAAUUUUGGGUGAUUUCAGGAGAAUGAAUGAGUAGACUAGGGAUUACUCACAAAAUUGGUUUCAAAAUCAGCAUAAGAACAUUAGAACCGGUGAAUCUUAUCUUAUAUUCCGCCAAUAUUCUGGACUUUUUUUUGGGUUGAUCUUUGGGUAAAUUCCUAUAAAAUCAGGAUUGUGGUUUUGGGUACUUGAACUUCAAAUUAAAUCUUGCAAAAUUGGUUUGUCACUCAUUAUUUUGGGUUAUAAAUUUGUACAUAUUGGGGUCUAAAA